CCAAACACACACACACACCCACACACUCUUUCUCUCUUUUGAUAAGUGUCUUGUGCUCAGAGCAGUGAGUGUGUGGAGAUGGUGGCUGAGGAGGUGGUUGUGUCCCUGUCUGGAGGGGCCCCCUGGGGAUUCAGACUUCAGGGGGGAGCGGAGCACCACAAACCUCUACAGGUGGCAAAGGUGCGCAGGCGCAGUAAGGCAUGCAGAGCUGGUCUUAAGGAGGAGGAUGAGCUGGUGGCCAUAGAUGAGUGUGUGUGUGCUGAGUUCAGCCACGCCCAGGCUAUGAGCCUCAUCGACUCCCACAGAAUCACCCUUAACCUGCGGGUGAAGAGAGCUGCAUCUGGGUUCCACUCUGAGUCUCAGUAUGGUGGCUCCCCUUCUCCCCGCUCCUCUAACAGGGUCCUGUCUCCCCCGCUGGCCCCCCUCCCCCCCGGCCGGCCCUCCCUCCUCUCCCCCACUGGAGGCCCAGGGUGUCUCACCUCCCCCCCUGACAGCGAAGCCUACUACGGAGAGACCGACAGUGACGCGGACACACACACGCACACACACCGCCGCCAGCGACGCACCCCCCCACACGCACGCUCACCUGGGCGCCAUGACAACCAGCAGGAGGAGGAGACCUCGGAGAUGAGCGGGUACGAGAGCGCCCCAGACGGAAGCCUGCAGGCCCAGUGGGACCCAGGAGUGCCUCGGAGGGAGGUGGUCUACCAGCCCACCCUGACAGACUGGACACCCCCUUACCACCCCCCCACACACACCCUGUCACAACUUCAGGAGCCGGCAGAGAUGGUGGGGGGAGUGGAGGGGGAGGGAGAGGGUGACAGCGGGUUCCAGGAGGUAGGGGGGUGUGUGGGGCUGUCAUGUCCACCCCUGGUAUCUCCCCAGCGGGCCAAAGAGGCCAUGACAAUGAGGUCCUGUGGACAGCUGGUUCCCAUGGUGGGGCCUCAACAGAACCCCCUGAGUGAUGAGCUGUCAACUACGUACAAGGAAAAGGCGCGGCAAGCCAAGCUGCAGAGGGGGGACAGCGUGGUGGAGAAGCAGGUGAAGGAGGCCCGCUCCAAGUGUCGCUCCAUCGCCUCCCUACUGACCCACGCCCCAGACCCCCACUCUAAAGGAGUGCUCAUGUUCAAGAAAAGACGCCAGAGGGCCAAGAAAUACACGCUCACCUGCUUCGGCCGUGCGGAGGGGGAAACAGGGGGGGAGACGGAGGGGGAGACAGGGGGAGAGGAGGAGGAGGGCAGCUCGUUCCCUAGCGGCUCAGAGGUGGAUGAAGAGGGCUUUUCUGGGGCCUACGACCCCACGUGGGACAGCGGCUAUCUGGACCUGCUGGAUAGGAGGAGCUCUGCAUGCCCUUCCACCACACCCACCAAUCACAGCCCAGGACUAGAGAACUCAACCUAUCACAACCCAGGACUGGAGAACUCAACAUAUCAAAGUCCAGGACUAAAUAACUCAACCUAUCAAAGCCCAUUACAGAAUAACUCAACAUAUCACAGCCCAGGACAGAAUAACUCAACCUAUCACAGCCCAGGAUUGGAGAACUCAACCUAUCAAAGCCCAGGACUGAAUAACUCAGCCUAUCAAAGUCCAGGGCUGGAUGAUGGAAGCAAGAAGCAGCCUGUCAGGCCUAGCCUUGCCUCUAACUCCUCCCCUCUGUCCCCACCAGCUGUGAGUCUGGUCAAUGGGGUUCCUUUAGCCGUGAGCAGAGCCAGCAUGGUCCUGAUUCCACAACAGUCUGACCCUAACCCAAACCCCAACCCUAAUAUGAACUUUAACUCUAACCCUGGGGGCGUCCUAAACCGGACUGCCCAACCUUUCACCCCCGGCCUCCCCCCUCCUCGCACCCCUGCCACCCCUGUCUGUUUCCGUCCUCCCCAGCCUGCGCCCCUCACCAAACCCAAACCCGUGUCCAUGGUGACCAAGCCCAUCUCUGCCGUAUCCAUGGUGACCAUCCCAGCUCCCCGCUCUGCCUCUGGGCCAGAGGUGAGGAGAGCAGUGUCCAGCACUUCUCUGUACAUCCCCCCUAGACCCAACACCUCAGUCCUCUCCCCUCCUCCCCUCCUCUCCCCUCCCACUCUGGCUGAGUGUUCUCUCCCUCCUGGAAGCCCCACCCCAUUCUCUCCUCCCUCCUCUGUCCUGUCUCCUUCUCUCUGUCCUCCCCCUGUCUGUCUCUCUUCCACUGUCGUCUGUCACCCCUCCUCUCCUCCUUUUGCUCCUCCCGUCCCUGUGUCCUCCUCUUCUUCUCCUCUCUCCCCACAACAUCCCCCUGCCCCAGUCCAGUACCCCCAACAUCCCCCUGCUCCAGUCCAGUACCCCCAACAUCCCCCUGCUCCAGUCCAGUACCCCCAACAUCCCCCUGCUCCAGUCCAGUACCCCCAACAUCCCCCUGCUCCAGUCCAGUACCCCCAACAUCCCCCUGCUCCAGUCCAGUACCCCCAACAUCCCCCUGCUCCAGUCCAGUACCCCCAACAUCCCCCUGCUCCAGUCCAGUACCCCCAGCCCCCUGCCCCAGGCCCGGCCCAGCUCCCUCCGCCCCCCAUCUUUAAUCCCUACAUGUCGGCCCCCGGGGGCCCAGCCCCAUCGGUUCACAUGACUAGCCCCACCCUGCCGCCCAGCUCUGAUUCGCUGGCGUCCCGUGAGCAGCGCAUCUCCGUUCCCGCCUCUCGCACCGGGAUCCUGCAGGACGCGCGUCGUCGCAGCAACAAGAAGCCCAUGUUCAGCACGGCGGAGGAGAAGAAGGCUGUGUCCCCCAACCCCGCCCUGCUGUCGCUGCUGCAGAACCUGUCCCUGCAGCCGGAGGCCAGCCCGGGGGCCGGGGGGCCGGGAGGGACGGCUAUGGAGGCCGGGACGGAGUCUGGCCCCGAGGAGGACUGGCUGAGGCUGGGGGCCGAGGCCUGCAACUUCCUGCAGGCUCAGAGGGGCCACAAGCCGCCCCCUGUGGCCCCCAAACCACACGUCCAGCAGCAGCAGGUUCCCCAGCUGGGGGGGAAGGGGGGGCAGCUGUUUGCUCGCAGGCAGAGCAGGAUGGAUCGCUUCAUGGUGGAGAGUACUCCCGGCACUCAGCCCUCCGCUGCCAGCCCCCGAGAGUCCUCCCCCACACCCUCCCUACCAGCCACCUGGAAAUACUCCUCCAACAUCCGCGCCCCCCCACCCAUCAACUACAACCCCCUCCUGUCGCCCUCCUGCCCCACUCAGGCCCAGAAGCCCAAGGGGGGAGAGAAGAGGCCAGGGCCGAAGAAAGGAGGCAUCAAGGCUGUGGACAUCAUGAGCCACCAACCGUACCAGCUCAACUCCUCUCUGUUCAGCUAUGGGGGCCCCCAAAAGCAGUCGGGGCCAGGGGGCGAUCCCCGGGGGCCGAUGAAGACGGCUCGCGUUCAGGAGGUCAGGCGUUUCUCCACGCCCCCUCCCUCCGGGCCUGUCCUCAAAAUCAUCGCGCCACGAUCUGCAACAACACUGGGAGAGCCGUUUUGGCGUUCUGAUGUCAUUUCCCCUCCACUGACACCUGGUCCUGUCCCCUACCAACCUUACCAGCCCCAGCCUGCUAGCACCCCCUACCAGCCCCAGCCCCAGCCUGCUAGCACCCCCUACCAGCCCCAGCCCCAGCAUGCUAGCACCCCCUACCAGCCCCAGCCCCAGCCUGCUAGCACCCCCUACCAGCCCCAGCCCCAGCCUGCUAGCACCCCCUACCAGCCCCAGCCCCAGCCUGCUAGCACCCCCUACCAGCCCCAGCCCCAGCCUGCUAGCACCCCCUACCAGCCCCAGCCCCAGCCUGCUAGCACCCCCUACCAGCCCCAGCCCCAGCCUGCUAGCACCCCCUACCAGCCCCAGGUCCACAGAGCCUCCUUGCAUCUGUCUCCCCCUCCUCCCCCCACUGCCCCUCUUCCCCCUCUCCCCAUCCUCUCCCCUGGCCGUGCUCCUAACCCCCUGCCCCCCCCAGUCCCCUACAGCUCCCCCUCAUUCCCGUCUCAGGCUACCAGGCAGAGUAAGAGUGCCCCAGACCUCAGCCCCCUGUCCCUGGCCUGUGCUCGCCCUCCCUCCAGCACCGUCCAGCCAGCAUCGGUGCCUCGGCCCAGGUUCAGCACCUCCACCCUGGGUCUGCAGCCACACGUCUGGCGCCCUGGCUCCACCCUGUACUGAACAGAUGCCGUGUAGAGGUGCCAGCUCUGCAGAGACAGGAGACCGAAGAUACUGUACAUGGAUAAGAAUCUUUCUUAAAGGGAGAAUUAGAUAGAUUGCGAGCUAAGGCACAUAAGCACUCAAAUAUACAGAAUAUAUUUGGGGAAUUUGGAUUUCAAAGCCAGAAAAAUGAAUCACGUUUGUUGUCAUAAAAAAUCGUUUUGAGUCUGACACAAUUUGUAGCUUUAUCAACCACUAUCACUUUGUAGUUUUUAUCUUUUAAGCACAUGACCAGCCCUGCUUUGCAUCCUGAUCUGGUGAAACGUGUGAGCGUCAGUUAAGGGUGAAACACAAGAAGGGAAAAAAGAUACAAAAUGGUUGAAAGAGACUUAGAACUGCACACUAACAUUUGAUGAUAAUAAUAUUACGAAAGAUUUGACAUUUUGAAGUGGAUGACUAGAGGAAGUGUAAAAGACAAGCCAGAGAAAGAAAAGCGAAGAGAGGAAGGGAGAGAGACAGAUGUGGGAGAGCAAUCACCUGGGAUCAAGGUGGACACUGUUGGAAUCAGAUGAUGUGAAUGAGUUCAAGACGGACUCAGUUUAAAAUAUAACAGUAUGCUGCCCUGUUGUUUUAUUUAGGUUCUGCAAUCUCCUGGUUUUCAUCCUCAUUGUGAUAAUGCUUUUAAAAUACGACAUUUUAUGCUUGAACUUGUACCCGCAUUGUAAGCUUCUGUGUCUUGUCAGUGGUGGAAUGCCACACUGUGUUAGCGUUUGAUUUUAAUUUUCUUUUUGUAGAAUUUGUUACAGGAUACAGUGAUGGGAUUGGGGGGGGGGGGCUGUGGUUGGGGGGUGGGGGGGUAGUUUAGAAGUCUGGUUGUUGAUAUAAAAAACAUAUUUGUAAUGUCUGUUUUUCUGUACCUGAACAGCACAACUAAAUAAAAACAGACAUGACUCAA